CACAGCGACAGCUUCAACAACUGCCAAGCUAAUUAAUAUUUAUAAAAUGGAGUGUCAGACAAGCGGAGAUCCGAAGACGGGAGCAGCCUCUGUGAGAUGUGGAAUAAUGACCGGAGACGAACAAGUCAACGCACGUGCCGGAGUCUUUGCCACGACCAACAGCAGCGCAGGACCAGUCACAAAAGGCGUGUAUGGAGCAGUUAAUGCCAAUGGACACGGCCUAUCAGUGCAGCAUGGACACACACAAGGCUUCGGCAGUAGCACAACGGUCGCCGCACAAGCGAAUCUUCUCCAGAAUAACCAGGCAGCGCUGAAUGCGACCGGGUAUCACACUCACAGUCGCACUCACGAUCAAUUUGGCGGCGGUCUGAACAUGCAAACCGCCGGCGGCCAUUCGGCGGCUCUGGGUGUCAACCAUGUGCCGCAGCUGAAUAUGACGACCAUGAAUGCCAGCGGCAGAGCGAAUCUUAUUACCUCGCCUAGUGGCAAUUUCAAUUUGGAUGCCACAGCAAAUGCUACACGCCACCUCAGCGGUCCAUUCAGAGGCAAGUCCGAUUUUGGAGGCGGCCUGAAUAUGAAAUAUAACUUUUAGCAAUUCUCAAAUCAAUAUACAAUUAUUAAUAU